AUGCCCAUCUCUUUUCACCAUGUGGACGAGCUUUCGUCUCCUCCUUCGAAUCUGAUAUGCAUCGACCGGAAGUCGGUGCUGGCGUCUACUACGGUCUCAUUCGCCUCAGAGCACCCCGGACAGGCCGCCUUCCUUCGAGAUAUCGUGUCCGGCCUCACGCCCGUCUGCGCCAGGCCCUCCACCGCCGAAACCUUCUUCCCGAGAGACAGCAGCGGCAGCAGCGGCAGCGCGGCCGCCGCCAGUGGCGGUGGGUCGGCUGCGGGCCCCCGCCGCGUGGCUCUGUGCGCCCUCCCCGAGGUCUGCAGCCGCCACAACUCCCCCGCCCAGCCCCACGCGAUCGCCGACUGCGCGCGGUCGAUCAGCGGGAGCGGGAGCGUGGCCGUGGUGAUGUGCCUGGACCACCCGUCGUACGCGUUCGCCGCGGGCUGCGCGGUCGCGAGAGCGUUCCCUCUGUACAGCAGCACGAGCAGGAAGCGGCCGGGCGCGGGCGCCGCUUCCGUCCCAGCGCCCCCGCCGUCGAGGACGGUGCAGGUCUACCUCCGUGUGCCUGUGGAGGCGUGGGGCGCCGUCCGGGCGGACCUUUCGGCGGCGGCGGAGGGCAUCCAGCUAGCCGCGAGGCUCGUCGACACCCCGCCGAACGUCCUCUCCACCACAGCCUUCGUAGAGGAGGCGCUAGCGGUGGCUAGGGGUCUCCCUCCGUCGAUGUGCGCGGUCAAGGUCAUCCGCGGCGACGAGCUCGAGGCGCAAGGGUUCGGGGGAUUGUACGGGGUCGGGAAGGCGGCGGUAGAGCCGCCCGCGCUGGUCGUGCUCAGCUACCUCCCGGACGGGGCUGCGGCGGGAGCGGCGGGAGCGGCGGGGGCGGGGGCGGGGGGGAGCGCAGCCCAAACGGCGGCGGCGGGCGGGGUAGGAGGGCGCGGGUCGGUGUGCUUCGUGGGCAAGGGGAUCAUUUAUGACACCGGCGGGCUUUCGAUCAAGACCAAGACGGGAAUGCCGGGCAUGAAGCGAGACAUGGGAGGCGCAGCGGCGAUCCUCGGGGCAUUCCAGGCGGCCGUCAAGGCGCAGAUGGCGGCGGCGGCGGCGGCCGGCAGCGGGAGCGGCGGGAGCGGGUGGGUGGGGGGGCGCAGGCCCCUCCACGCCCUGCUGUGCCUGGCGGAAAACUCGGUGGCCGCAAACGCGACGCGGCCCGACGACAUACACACGCUCUACUCGGGGCGAACGGUAGAGAUCAACAACACGGACGCGGAGGGUCGCCUGGUGCUGAGCGACGGGGUCGCCUACGCCGCCCGCCACCUCGGGCCUUCGGUCAUCAUCGACAUGGCCACGCUGACGGGCGCGCAGGGGGUGACGACCGGCAGACGGCACGCCUCCGUGCUGUCGAACGACGAGGCGCUCGAGAAGAUGGCGGUCGAGUGCGGGCGAUCGUCGGGGGACCUCGUGCACCCCGUGGUCUACUGCCCCGAGUUCUUCAGCGAAGAGUUUAGGUCCACCGUCGCGGACAUGAAAAACUCUGUGGCAGACCGCUCGAACGCUCAGGUGUCGUGCGCCGGGCAGUUCAUCGCGAACCACAUGGAGGCGUUCGUGGCCGGCCCCGCGGCCGGCGGCGGUCGAUGGCUCCACUGCGACAUGGCUUCUCCGGCGCACCAGGGAGAGAGGGCAACCGGGUAUGGAGUGGCGUUGCUCUUCAGCCUCCUCCGUUCGCUGGACCGAGAGACCACCUAGAGAAGAGACAGGCAGCGGCUCUCUCCCUCAAACCUGCCCACCCUCUUUCCCCCCGUCUUUUUCUUAGCAUGCAAUAGCGGUUCGGGGGGCUAAAUGGCCAGUAGCUUUCGUUGCUUGAAUUUCGCUGGCAGGCCGCGCACGUUAAUGUU